AUGAGAAUUAAUUCCUUAAUAACGAAUACCUGGAAAUUAUGUUUCUUGUGUAUGCUAAGUUCCAAAUUUUCCUUAUCACUUCGAUUCAAUCCCGAUGUUUCAAAUAAAAGGGUGAUUUCACGUCUUGAACUUUUCAACCCAGAAUCAACAGGAGGACCAUCAUUCGCUGAAAUAGGUGGAUUUUUCAUUCCCACGCCAAUUCUUGAUAAAUCUGGAAACAAUUCAUACUCGUACUUGCAACAUUCAACUACAUCAUUGGGUGUUGAUCACGAUGUAGUAAAACUUUCCAAGGAAUCACUAAAAUUCAGAAAUGUUGAAGGGUUGAUAAAAGAGAAACCUUUAACGUUGAUAGUCGGAACUACUUAUGGAAGCAGGUUUGACAUGUUGUUUGAAAAGAUUGUUUCCAAAGAUGAUAAUAAAUUUGAAUUUUCUCUCCCAAAGGGGACCUUUUACAUAAAAACAGAAGGCAGUGGUUAUUUUCUUCCCGGGGUUAAGAAAGUGGUUUUACCUUGCAAGCUAAAAUUUUGUCCGUUUGUCAAUGAUAGUUUUAAGGAUUCAAUAGCUGUUGAACUGGCCAAGGAUGAUGGUUCGAUUUACACCUACAAUUGGAAAUUACAGGAUGAAUCUCAAUUUGGUGUGGAGUCUAUUAAUAGAAUACCACAAGACGAAGCUUCUAUUUUAUCUCCAUCUUCAACUGUUGUAUCUCACGUUGACGCUUCAGAUGCUUCAGCAAAAUUGAAACUUUUGUUUGGAAUUGAACUACAUGGUGUUUGGGGCUCUGAAUAUGCUAAUAGGCUUUUGAGUGUUUUUCUUAAAUUUGAUUUUCUGAAUCGAGAAAACUCGCCCAAUCCCAAAAAGCAAAAGUGGCUUCUAACUGAUGAAAGUUUAUAUCCUCAAGAUAUUGAGAUUAUUAAAAAUGUAGUUGAUAGGAAUGGGAGUCGAAAUAAGAAUCAGAAUGUAGUAGAAGAUACAGAGUAUGAACAAAUUGUAAAAAUUUCUAGGGAAGCUUUUAAGUAUUCUGUGAAGCAGGCAAUUGAUAAGAAAAAGAACGGCUUUUACUUUUCCAGGAGACUAUAUAAAUCUGUGAUUAGGGCGAUUUGUUUGCAUAACCCCGAAAACAUGAAAAGGUUAUUCAAAGAUGCUCACAAUGUCGUGAUAUUGGAACCAUUUGAACUUGAGCAUAUGAUACGGGCUAAAAAUUCCUUCACUCAUUAUCCAAGCUCUCACUAUCAAAGCUGGUUUAAACAUCCUGAAGAGCUUAUUGAGAUUCUAACUAGCUGGAGAGAAUACCCUUCUGGUCUUCAUAAGGUCAACGGUCUGAGAUAUUUCUUAAGGAGGCAGGAUGGAAUGGUUAAUCCUGAGCAACCAACUGCUCCUGCCAUAGCUUAUCCUAGGGGUCCAAAUUCUGAUUCAUACAUUGAAUUUAUGGAGUCUGGGUUCCACAAUUAUCACGAUGUAUCACAACUAAUUUUACAUGAGAUUGGUCAUUUUAUUCACUUCAACACUGUUCCUGAGGAUUUGAAAACGAAAUGGAUAGAGCUUGGGGGUUGGUAUGAGGAUCCCAAAGAUCCUGAUGGUUGGAGUACUAGAAAACAAACUGAGUUUGUUUCUGCAUAUUCUCACCAAAAAAACCCUGGUGAGGAUUUUGCUUCUACUUUGGCAGACUAUGUUCUCAAUCCAAAAUUAGUUAGAUCUAGAGCUUUGCAGAAGUUUAUGUUUAUAAAGGAUAACAUAAUGGGUGGUGUGUACUAUCUGGUUAAGGCAUCUCACGAGUUCAAGGUUUUGAAUUUGGGGAAUGCUGACUAUUUUUACCCAGGAAGGCUAUCUGAAAUCAACGUGGUAGUAAAUGGAAAGGUGAAUGAGCCAAAGAAGGUCAAACUAACCUUUAAGUUGUUGAAUAAAAGAAACGCUCAAGGGGAGGAUUCUGACACUUGUGCAAAAAAAAUCACUUUCAGGUUAUUUUCUGAAAUUGGCACAUUUGAAGAUAUAGUUUUAAAGUCCAAUACUGGUUGUUCUCAUGUUUUGGAGACUGAAAUAACAAUUAAUCAAAUGAAAAAGAGGGGUGUGUGGACAACUGAUCAGAUUGUGGUUACCGAUGACAAAGGGCUACAAAGAUUUGUAGGUUCCGCAGAUUUUGGUCUUAGAGUAUGGAUAAACAACGGUUCAGAAGAUUUCCAGGAUCCUAGAGCACUAACUAAUUCAGUAUCCCUUGCUCUGGUAAAAAAGGGAGAUGAAGAAGCAGUUAGAGUUGGCUGGUUAGUUGUGGAUGACUCUGAACUAAGGAAAAAGAAUGCGGGUUACGCGGCCAUUAACGGAAAUUCAAAUAACCAACACUCAAUGGGAGCCUAUUCAAGGUUUGAUAAUUCAGAUUCCACUCCCAAUAAUUUUUGGAGGAAGGAUGUGUGGAGUGGAGCAAGGAAGGUUCCGCUUGAAUUUUGUUCAUUAAAUUCUCCCGAUAUUAAAAAUUCUCUCAGUGAUCCUAAUAUUAAAUUUAACACACAUAAACUGGGAGGUUUAGACAAUUUUGAGGGACUUACAUCUGAUCAAGUUUCCUCUGGUUCAUUUAACUGCUUCAGAGUUGCAGUAAACAUCCCAAUUAGCAAGUCUUCCAGAACUGGAGAUUAUUUUUUGACCCAAAUUGUUACUUACGACUCGGCUGGUAAUUCACAGCUUCUUCAGUGGCCCCAAAAGACUGGCCCCUUUAUCACAUAUACCUCAUCGAACCCCAACCCAGACAAUUCUCCACCGACAGUUAAGGAUAUCAGAGUUACAAGCAGGCCUUCGAACCCUAACUCACCGAACGGAGAAACUUUGGUGGAAAUAUCGUUUAAUUUGUGCGAUUCUGGUAGCGGAAUCUCAUCACUGUCAGCAUCUUUGAGAGACCCAUUUGGAGCAACAUUUAUUUUGUAUCCCAGCUGGUCCAAGACUGAGGGUUGCCAGAAGAUUGUUCAUACCCAUGUUCUUCCUAAGGGUUCAAUACCAGGAAUAUGGCAUUUGAAUAAGAUUUAUGCCCAGGACUUUGCAGGAAACGAGCUCUCUGCAGAUUUAACCGAACUAUUGACAUUAUCAUCCUGUUCAGUUUUAGACGGUUGUAAGACGACCACAUGUUAUCUUGUUAAACCCAUUAAUAAAAAUAGGCCAAGUGUUGGAGCGAUUAAAAACAAUCCGAAUUCAAAUGGUAGAACUGUAAUUAAAGGACUAGUCCGUUCCAAGUCCUAUGCCACAAUACCCUCCACCUUGGAGAUUGGGGAUUUUUUAGAUUCCGCAAUGAAGCGUUUAAACCCUUUUAACUUAAAGUCAUUUUUCCAGAAGUACGACCAUAUUAUUUAUCAUCGGUUUCUACGUUCCAUAACAAGAAUACCGCCACUCACUGGCUUUUAUGUGCUUUUAUCAACAAUAACAGCUUUCGUUUCUUAUUUUUUUAACGAUAACUUACCCUUUUCAUGGAUGAAGUUUGAUUUGGACCGGGUUUUAAAGGGCGAAGUUUGGCGUCUCUUCACUCCUUACUUUUUAUAUGGCCAACUUUGGAUAAACCAUUAUAUGCUUUCCGUUUCAAACUUGAAUUACAUGGCCAAUGUUGAGCUUGCUCACAUCAACAAGCCUGAGAAGUUUAUUGAAUUCCUGGCUUUUGGAGUUCUUACUCUUUCUGCAUACUCUUUCUUGGAGGCAUACUUUUCGAAAAAAUACCUCCCACAAAGUGCUGUAACAUACGAUAAUAUGGCCUUUCACUUCCACGUUUUUGUACUUUACUUCUGGUCUCGCAUAAAUGAAGGUCAACGCGUUGAAUGCAUGGAUUUCUUUUCUAUCCCCGCAGAGUAUAUUCCUUACCUGUUCAUUCUUCAAAAUCUGAUAUUUUAUAAUAGUGGACUAACUUCAGACUUCGUCGCUCUGCUUUUCUCCUACGCUUACUUUACACUCUUCAGCAAUAAGAAAACUUGUCCUAUUUUCAGGGGGUUUAAGACUAGUUGUCUUCGGAGACUUUAUCUAAAAUUUAGGGAUGAAAUGCAAUACUAA